AAUCUCUUAUCAAUGUACUUGCAUAAUGCACUUCAUCAAAGAUUUUUUUUUAACAAAAUAUAAUCAUAUUGAUUGAUAGAAAGAUCAUACGUUACACCUUGGAACCAACUCAGGAACAAAAAUAAAAAAAUAGACAUGAGGUCGGAGACAAAGAAAGGGCUUUUCAAACCACAAAAUGGGCUACCCUAGUGCUAAUCCGACAUACAAAUCGAACAUGAAAACCACUAUUCAGAGCCAACACACGCAGAAUUUCCUCAAUAAUACCCCCAACACGGUUGUCUCACACAUCCUUGGCAUUAAUCUUGUCAAUGAGCACCUUAGCAUCGUCUGCAAAUCGAACUUGAGCAAGGCCAAGGUCUUGGCACCACUAGAUAGCUUCGCGGAGGACAAUAGUCUCAAGUCUCAACCACAAGGAGGUCAACCAUAUUCUCAAAAACAACCAUUUGGCAAAGACAACAGAGCCUCCUUCAUCCUUUAGGAUCAACCCUCUAGGUGAAUGUGAGUCAACACAUACCUCACCAUCCCACAUACAGAUAACAGAGGACGAAUCUCCUACAUCCGAACUAUGUUGUAAAGGAAGCUGAUUUAGGGCAAACCUAUCUUCCGACAGGUAAAUCCAUUCAUGGAGUUGCUUAUGGUAUUGGCACAUCAUAUGAGGAAUUCGAAAUUGUUUUUCCCUCAAAUACAACCCAAUUUCUCUCAUGCGGGAUUACAAGCACAUAUAUACCUCAAUAUAACAAAUUGUGUGUUUCAAUUUAUGAUAAUGAGAUUUUAUCGAAUUCAACCUCUAACCUUGUAUUAGAGGGGGAUUGAGUGUCCCAUGAUAAGAAAUUAAAUGAACUUUAAACCAUCUCUGUCACAGACUUGUCUAACAAGUCUCUAGCUAAUCAUUUCCUCAAAUGAUCGACUAAAUUAUCUCGAGUGUCCGAUAUUGUGUAGACAAAACUUCAUGAGUGAUCAAUUCACGUAUUUUAUCAGGCCUAACUCCCACAUAACUGCACUUUCCAUUUUCACUUGACUAUAUGCUUUAUGUCAUGAACCAGUUGAUCCCAAUAACUCGAGUUGUUAGGAGAGGUUCAAUCGUAGAUCAUAUACCACACACUAACACGCCCCCUCAAACGAAAGGCACUCACAAGGGGUUGAAGUUUGCACAGGUCCACAUACCAUGUGCUUAACAAAUGGGGGUUACCAGGAUUCGAACACAAGACCUCUCGGUCAUAUAAGGCUCUGAUACCAUGUCAUGAACUAGUUGAUUCCAAUAACUUGAGUUGUUGGGAGAGGUUCAAUCGUAGAUCAUAUACCACACACUAACAUCCAAAUUAGCAUUACUAACAAAGAGGAUAGUAAUAUGUGAUAUUGGUUUCAAAUAGAAAGGAAUUACAUAAACUAAGUCUCUUAACCAUCACAUAUUUUGAAUCCAUAGUGAAACUAGUGAUGCAAGUAUGCAUUUUAAAGGCGUAGGAGACAAUAUCUUCAUCUCAAUGUUGAAGUAUGAUCUUUAACAACAUAAUCAAACUAGCAUCGGUGUAUCCUUCCAAAAUGGGUGGGAAUCCACUAUAAGUCAAUGCAUACUGCAUUGUGCCUUUGAGGUAUCCUAGUACACGCCUCAUUUCAUGCUUGCCAAUGAUGAGCACUACGAUUACUCAUAUACCGACUUAAUUGUCCUACUGCAUAUGCAAUAUAUGGUCUUAUGCAAAUCAUUGCAUACAUCAAACACCCAAUUAACAUAAAAUACUCAGGUUGUGAAAUUAUUUGGUCAGUAUUAACUAUAAGUUCCAUACUUGAAUCCAUUGGGGGUCUUUAACUCACGACAAUUCCUACUAUGAAAUUUAACAAGUACCUUCUCAAAUCUCAAUGUAGAGACAUUGAGACAAUGCAUGCAACUUUUUUGUCGUUUUGCUUGAUUUAGUCCCUAUAAUUGUAUAUGCAUCUCAUGUCCUAUAUGGAGAAUUUUAUAUGACAAUAACUUUUUAAUAAACUCCACUUAUCUUUCAUUGAUCCCAAACAUAAACAUGUCAUCUACAUACAAAUAUAUAUACCGACUCUAUUCCCAGAAUGUAGAUACACUUUCGUCAUCUUGGUUUAACACAAACCACUAGAGAAAUCCAAAAUUAUCUAAGACUUUGUACAAUGUCAAAUAAGGAAUCAAACAAAUUAAACCAUUGAGUACGAGCAUUCGAUAUAAGAUUUUUACCGGUCAAACCAUUAAUACGACUAUGGUACAAUUUCACAAACAAAAUUAAGAGUACGUGAUAAUCAUCACCCAGUAUCAACCAACAACAACUGAAAAACUUAACGCAGAAACGUGAAAUAAAACACAAUUUUACGUGGUAUCAUGACUGACUUAUCGGCACUAAUCCACGGGACCGGUCCAAUAACAACAACAACCAGCAACGGAAGUCACUUUUUCCCCUGUGAAUAAUGUAAAGCCAAGUGU